AUGACACAGGGCUGUAAGGGCAUCCUGGCUGACACCACUCCAACACCAGAUACAACGGAAGCUGCACAGGCUCCUGAGCUAGAAGACAAAGAUGAUGGAGAAGAAGAGGAGGAGGAAGCAGUCGUCAAUGUCCCAGAGGUGGAGGAGAGUCCACUGGACAAUGACAUCGCCAUGCAGCCUCCCACCCCCACUGUGCUGGAGCAGGUGGUGGAGCUGAGCAUCCUCCUGACUGGACAGAUGUACAGUGACGACCUCGACAAUCCAGCCAGCCUCCAGUACCAAACACUUAGCAGACAGCUUGCUGAAAAGAUAGAGGAUGCGCUGGUGGGGCUUCCUGGAUUUAAGAGUGUGUCUGUGCUGGACUUCAGGCCCCAGAAGGAUGCCCAAGGGUUGGAUGGCGUUGUGGUGGACUAUGCGGUCACAGUGGUGGUGGAUGGUGCGGGGGUGAGCAAUGAUCAACUGGACUACUUGACCUUGCAGUCUAACCGGGUGGAGAACUCGUACCGUGAGGUCAAGGAACUACCUACAGUGGUCUACACACUCAGCGAGUUUAAAAACUUUGUCACUGAAGCCCUGCAUAACGACGAGCUGGAGGAGAGCGUGUCUGAGAUCCCCGUGUCUGUUGAUGCUGCAGACGGAGCCAUGGUGAAUGUUGCUGAUGAGCCACCAGAGGUCUUGAUCCUGGAGGAGGACACAGAGGACAAAGAUGAAUUCCUGCCUGAGCUAUCUGAAAGCAACAUAGAGACGACAACAGAAAGUGAUAUCAUUGUUCUGGAGGAGAGUGCUGUUAUACCUGCUGCUCCUGUCUUGACCACUGAUGCACCUGAAGCUGGCAGCAUUGAGGAGGAGGGUCUGUUGCUGGAGGACAUUGUGCAGACUCCUGCUGUAGAGGACCCCCCACCAGAGGAGCUCCCAGCUGAGCUCCCCCCAGCUGAGCUGCCAGAGGGUGUCACACUGCCUGAACCACCGGUGGAACCAGAGGCCUCUGGUUCAGGCACAGGUGACCUGGAUGACAUACUUCCGUCGUCUGCAUCCACAGCUGCAGAGGAAGAAACUGCUCUUGAGGAGACUGCUUCAGAAGAUGUGUUGAUAACAGAAGAUGUCAGCAUAGAUGCAGGGGACAUGUCAGAAGAGGAAACAGCGGAGGUCGAGGUUGCAGCAGUGGGAGAGGAGCCUGCUGCUGAAGACGUGGCAGCUCCGGAAGAGGAGCACCUUGAUGAGGUUGUUGUUAGUGAGGCAGAGAUUCCAGAGGAACUUGAGAUCUCCACAAUUUCAACUGAGACUGCAGAAGAAGAAGACCUGCCUGUGCUACUCCCAGCCCCUGAUGCUGUAGAUGUAGCAAGUGAAGCAUCAGAGCAAGAGGCAGCAGAAACUGCUCUGCCUCCUGUUAGCGAAGACUCAGUGGAGUCAGCAGAAGACUCAAACCUCACAGAUGUUCUACCUGCAGAUGAGGAGGUUAACCUGGAACAGCCUGAGGAAGACGCAGCCAUCAAUGUGGUUUUGUCCGAUCCUGAGGAACCUGUGUCUGAAGAGGGUGGCAUGAAGGCACCGACAGAGAGUGAGGGACAAGAGGUGAAGGAGGAGACUGCAUCUGAAGCUCCAGCUGUAGUGGAAGAGGGUCCGGAAGCUCCAGAGAUCUCGACUGAGGAUCUUACAGAGGAUGAGAUCUUAAUGGUCAGCAAGGAUGAACCUGAACCAUCAGUUACAGAUUCUCUGAGUCCUGUCCAACCAACUGCCCUGUCUCCAGAGAUGGAGUCACCUUUCACCUAUAUAUCUGAUGUUUACCCUGCCUCUGAUGGGCAACCUGACAUCAUCAUUCCUUCAAUGGUGGAGAUACAGACCCCUAAUGACGGUUUGGAUGAUGCCUCCCUUGAAGACCAGGGCUUUGAAGUGGUGAAUUAUGGUUUUGGUUUGGUCAACCACACAGAGGAGGGCAGCACCGGAUUCCCGAUUGGUGUGGCACAUGGCACAGACCAGGCCAGUAUUGCCAUGCCUGUAAAUCCUGGUCGAGCACUGAUGGUGUUCUUCAGCCUGAGGGUGACCAACAUGAUGUUCUCAGAUGAUCUCUUUAACAAGAGUUCCCCAGAGUACAAAGCUUUGGAGCAACGCUUCCUAGAACUGCUUGUGCCCUACCUACAGUCCAACCUGAGUAACUUUCAGAACCUGGAGAUCCUGAACUUCAGGAAUGGGAGCAUUGUGGUCAACAGCCGGAUGAAAUUUGGCAAGCCUGUGCCUCGUGGUGUCACUACAACUGUCUAUCUGAUCCUGGAAGACUUCUGUAACACAGCCUACCAGACCAUGAACUUGGCCAUCGACAAGUACUCGCUGGAUGUUGAGUCAGGAGACCAGGCAGACCCCUGUAAGUUCCAGGCGUGCAACGAGUACGCAGAGUGUAAGGUGAACAAGUGGUCGGGGGAGGCAGAGUGUGUCUGUAACGCUGGCUACUUCAGCGUGGACGGCUUGCCCUGUCAGAGUAUCUGUGAGCUGCAGACUGACUUUUGCCUCAAUGACGGCAAGUGUGACAUCAUCCCAGGCCAGGGAGCCAUCUGCAGAUGUCGUGUUGGGGAGAACUGGUGGUACAGAGGAGAGCACUGUGAGGAGUACGUGUCCGAGCCGCUGGUGGUCGGUAUAGCGAUUGCCUCUGUGGCUGGAUUCCUAUUGGUGGCUUCUGGUGUGAUCUUCUUCCUCGCCCGGACGUUACGUGAUCAGUAUGACAAGGAUGAGUCAGAGGACCCCAUUCGGCGAGCAGAGAGUCUCCCAUCUCUAGAGAGGGCAACCAAGUACAACCCCAUGUAUGAGAGUGAGGCCACCACAGGCUACAGCCACUACUACCGCCGCUAUCCUGAGGCUCCUGUUUAUAGCAGUGCCAGCGCUGAAGCCUCUACUGACUUUAGCAGCGAGGAGAUACGACACAUUUAUGAGAACAGUGAACUGACCAAGGAGGAAAUCCAAGACAGGAUACGCAUCAUUGAGCUCUACGCGAAGGACCGGCAGUUUGCAGAUUUUGUGCGGCAUCAUCAAGCUGUCCUGGAUACCCGCAGAGAGAGCUCGUCGACAUAGACAUGAAACUCUCCUGUGAACAACAAGUUUCCUGCGUCUGCGUCCGUCCCUGCCUGUGUGGGGCAGUGGUGUCGACUGUUCUUCCUUCUUCCUCGGUGCCUUCUCUUGAUCGGGUGAGCUGGCUGUGACAUCAGGGGACGUGUUUGCUGCUCACUCACUGGACGUCUCCCUUUGGGGAAAACUGGACCACAUCCUGUUACUUGAAAUGUUAUUGGACACAUAACAAUCCUGUGUAGUACUUUUACUUAGUGGUGCAUAAUACUUUUGUUUCAUCAUAUCCUACUUGUCCAUUCUUAAAUGGAAGAGCAUCAAACUGUAAAUAUGUAUAUAGUUAUAUAUUUUUAUUAGCAUGUUUGCUAGUUAAGAUAUUAUUUUAACAGCUGUCUCUACUUUUUUUUGUCUCUCCAAAGCUCAAAGUGAGUCAUUUCUUUAAGAUGGAGACACUGAGAGAGCUGCUUUUCUUUAGUCGAUGGUGCUAUAUUGAUUUAAAAUAUUUUUGAAAAGUAGCGGUCUAUGAUGACUCAUUUUACAAUUUACUCUGUAUAUUAGAGUACUACUAUACAUUAAGGUGGCCAAAUACAGUUGUAGUGUAUGUCUUGUACGGUUCAACUCUGUAAAAGCAGCCUUUCACUGUCUGAACUAUGAGUAGAAGAUGAUUCCAGCUAGUUUUCUCCUGGCAGGGGAUUUUUCUGCCUUUUUAAGGGCUCCACCGAUCAGAAACUGUGGUGUUUGUUUGUAAAUGUAUGGCGUGGCAGACACAAGAGAGUGAAAAAAGUGGUGAUGGAGAAAGGCAGAGAGCAUAAACCCGGUCCAGCUCUGGGAUCCAGAAAUAAGUGAAAACACGUUUCAGUGGAAAAAUGCUCCGGGGCAGGCGGCCCAGGGAUUUGAUCAAAUGGUCUGCUUUCAGAUGUCAUAUGUAAUGCAACUGAAAGAACAGGAAAAAGUAAGCUGAUAAAAACAUGUGCUCAUUGGAAAGACAAGCUCAAGCUGCGUCUCCUGUUGAGAAACUUUAAGGUUACCAGCAACUCGUAAAAAAACAACCCCCCGCCCAAAAAAACCGUCCUGCCCUGCGACUACUUGUUUGGCCACGAUCCUGCUCCUCCACCUGAAACUUUCUGACAGACUAAUUCCAGUGUUUUCUUUGGUAUUCUCGGACAUUCCUCCAUGGACUUGUUGUGCUUGACCCCUCUUGUCCCUUGAGUGGACCUUCACAUCUGCAGCUGAUUACAAUCUGUAGGUUUCCGUUUGUUGUCGGCCAGUGUGACCGAUCAGCUCUCUUAGGAGGUCAGAAUCAGAUAAAUAGAUCAUGUCCUAGCUUCUUUUCUUUUCGAGGUCUACACAAGCGAUAAACACUGGUGAAGCAGGCUCUUGUGACGGUGUCAUGCCUUUUGCGAUCAGUAUGUUCAGUUUUAUUUUUUACAUGCAUGCUUUUUUUUUGUGUCGGCAUACAGUUUUUGUCAACGUCCUCCACCUGCCACCUGGACAAACGGCCAAUCAUCCCAUACAGUGUUCUGUCCUGUAAAUAACACUGAAGAUAUUAACAGUUGCAUUGUAGCAUGUAAAUCAUGUGUCUCAAAUGUUUCAAUAUAUGGACAUAUACUUUUUUUUUUUUUUUUUACUGAUGACUGUGUCAUUCAUCAU